AUGGGCACGAGCUGGCACGCUCUGAUUCUCCGGAGCUUCCCUGAAAGUCCAUACUUUCGUUUCCUAAGGUGGCUCCGCCAGAUUCGGAAUCAUGAAUUGGGACUGAAAUCGUUUAAGAAGUCUCCGAGAUUUGCAAAAGUGGGAAAAUGGGAAUUACCAGGUGGUGGGGUGGACUGGAUUCUGCGGGAAACGAUUUUGCGCGCUGGACAGCGUGAGCUGUGGGAGGAAACUGGCCUGGAUCUUGCGAGCUUCGACGACUACGUCGGCCAGUAUCAAUUUCAGGCUCCCUGGAUGCUGUGGAUGAAAGAUAACCUCAAGAUUAUAUUUAUCGGCAGCGUCAAGGAUGGCGACGAGGGCUUGAAGAACAUCAGACUGAGCCCUAUGGAACAUGAAGCCUUUUGUUGGGCCACCGAAUCUCAGAUUAAGGAAAUGUCUCUGCAUGCAGAAAAGCUCGCCUUGGUGAUGGACGGAUGCGAAGCCAUGCCAAAGCCCGACCAAUGGAAGCAAAUGGCGUUCAUUUCGGAGGAAGGAAAACACUAUGCUAUAGAAGCGUUUAACAGGCUUCGAAACUAG